AUGUGGUGUUUGCAUGGGAAGCUAUUGUGGCACGUUAUGCAAAAAAAGUCUUUGUGGGCGAAGUUCGCUAAUGCCAAGUAUUGCGAUAAACGUCGGAACAGUAGCGGCCAAUCGACCUCCCUUUUAUGGAGGUCGAUAUAUAGUCAUAGUGAUUCACUUGCCGAGUGUUCCAAGUGGAAUGUGGGUUCCGGAGAUAUAAGAUUUUGGGCGGAUAAUUGGGUUGGUGAAGUGUUUGUUGGGCCUCUUCCGAGUGACCACACUUUAACUGUUGCAACCGCCAUGCAACAUCUCUCGGAAUAUCUUAAAUUAAUUCCUCCUUCCCUGCAUGAGUCGGUAAGGCAAGUUACGUUGGAUCCUGAUCAGCCGGAUCGGUUGAUAUUCACUCUUACACAAUCUGGGGAUUUCCCGACUAAAGAGUACUGGAGACAUAUUCGGGUUUUGGGGCGACGAGAGGCGUGGACAAAUCGCAUAUGGCACCAGUUCUUGCCACACAAGACAGGUGGAUUCAUGUGGAAAUUGAUACAUCACGCGCUCCCCGUUGAUCAACGAAUUAUCUCUAGAGGAAUUCCGAUGGUUUCCAGAUGUUUUGUGUCGGCGAAGCAUGCUCUUGCUGUAUGGGUCCCCAAACCACAAAUACAAUCGCAGUACACAAUGGUUCGAACCUCUACUGUGUGUCAUAUUCUUCGUGAGCUGUGGGUGGCUCGAUGCAAAGUAAUUUAUGAUGGGGGAGUCAUGCAUAGAGAAAAUAUUAUUCGUCGAGUAUUCUCUCACAUUCAGCACGUGGUCAUCAAUCAUGUUCCUCGACAGCCGUCUACGAAGCUUCAAAGUCUCCAACUCCAAGCCAUUGGAGUCUAUUUAGUGCAGCCUAGCUAUAAGCGUGGAAAAUGGUUCAAAUGGGAGCGGCCCAAGGGUGGUGCUUUUAAACUUAAUACUGAUGGCUCUUCCACGGCGGAGGAAUGUAUGGGCGGUGGGAUUGUUAGGGAUUCGGAAGGAGGAAUAGUUGCUAGUUUUUCAAAAUAUUUUGGGGUUGGCACCAAUAACUUUGCGGAAUUUUCGGCGGUGGUUCAUGGCCUUAGAUUGUGCAAGCUUCUCGGUCUCUCACAAAUUAUAGUGGAAAGUGAUUCCUUACUGGUCAUCAAUGCAAUUCGGACCAAGUACAUUGCAUGGGAGCUUGAGUAUAUUUUUCGGCAAUGCUUGAAGGAGAUAGAGCCUUCCUUCUUGUUCCAGCACGUCGUGAGGCAAAAAAAAACGGUCGCGGAUAGAUUGGCUAAUUGGGCGUAUUCUCAUAAGUCAAAUGAAGAAUAUUUCUCUGAAAUGAGUUUACCGAGGGAGGCCCGGGCUGCAUAUAUAAGUGAUAAGUUGGGAGUCGCCAAUUUUCGUCCAUGA